UUAAGGACCGGGUGGACCUUAUGGGACACCGUACAAGCCGUUGCGUGGGAAUUCAAGAUGGCGGCCUCCAUGAGUAGGAACGUGAAACGCAUUUUAGGUUUCAUUCAAACGAAAACUCUUAAAACAAGAUCAUUUUGCAGUCAAAAUGCAUCAGAAGUGAAGGGCCUCCGUGAAGGACGUGUCUUCUCAGGAAUCCAGCCCACUGGGAUUCCUCACCUGGGAAACUAUCUCGGAGCUCUGGAGAGCUGGGUGGCCAUGCAGAAUGACUACAGCUCAGUGUUGUACAGCAUUGUUGAUCUGCACUCUAUCACCCAGCCUCAGAACCCAGAGUUACUACAGAACAAUAUCCUGGACAUGGCAGCCAGCCUGCUGGCCUGUGGCAUUGACCCCACACGCUCUAUCCUUUUCCAGCAGUCUGUGGUUUCGGAGCAUGCUGAGCUCUCCUGGAUUCUGGGCUGCUUUACUAGCAUGCCUCGACUACGCCACCUACCUCAGUGGAAGAUGAAGAGUAAGCAGAAGAAUGAAGGAAGUGUAGGUUUGUAUACCUACCCUGUCUUGCAGGCUGCAGACAUAUUACUCUACAAAUCCACAUACGUACCUGUCGGGGAGGAUCAAAUCCAGCAUUUAGAAUUAGCCCAGGACCUAGCUCGUAUCUUCAACAACAAUUAUGGAGAGCUUUUUCCUGAACCUCGUGCGCUACUUAGUUCUACACGCAAGGUGAAAUCUUUAAGAGAUCCCUCCUGUAAGAUGUCUAAGUCAGAUCCACAGACGUUAGCCACCAUAUUCCUUACUGACACCCCUGACGACAUAGUAUUUAAAAUCCGAAGAGCUGUGACUGAUUUCACAUCCGAGGUCACGUUUGAUCCAGUGGACCGGCCAGGUGUAGCCAAUCUGGUGUCCAUUCAUGCAGCUGUGACUGGCCAGACUGUAGAGGAUGUGGUCAGGUUAGCCACAGGGCUGGACACUGGCAAGUACAAAACUGUGGUGGCAGAAGCUGUGGUACAGAAACUGGAGCCCAUCAGACAUGAGAUCCAGAGACUAAAGUCUGACCGGAGCCACCUGGAGAGUGUGUUAGCCAAGGGAGCAGAGAAAGCCCGCAGUCUGGCUGCCCCAGUGAUGCAGGAGGUCAGGAAACGGGUGGGCUUCUCCUAAUUGUCAGAAAACACAAUCUGUUCCAGGUGGAAAUACAGUACAGUAUGGAUGAGAUUUUAUAGGCGAUCAAUUUCUUUAAUAUUUGAGUGUCAAUUUUAAAUAUUUUUCAUGUAUAUUAGAUUUUUCUAUUUAUUUUGGUUUAUGUUCUUCUUUUGUGUACUUGUUCAUAAAUCAUAUAUAUGAUAUGCAAGUUUGUUCCCUCUAAAAUGAUUGGAACCUCAAAUUCAAUUCAUUUUUUGCUGUAGGCUUAAGAUAUUUGAAUUUGAGGUCAAAAGAUAUUCGUAUCAGAAAGGAGAAUUUCAGGUUUAUUUCCUGAUAUUUAUUUAUAAAUAUGUUAAACAACAUAGAACACAGCACAUUUUGUAUUAGACCACACAACUAUUGGAACGUGUGACUGACGUGUGUUAGAUUGAUUGCUUAAAUAAUAAAUAGUGCUAAACAUCUACUCUUGGUUUUAGCCUUCAGUUUCCCCUGUGAAUACUGCAUUUGUUAAAAAGGAUAAAACAGGAAUAUAUGAGAGCUGUCUGUGUGAAAAAAUAGGGAAAAUCAAUCAGAGGUGUAGUAGUACUAUUACUACAAUUUUGAAAUGAAAAGCAAACAAUUGAAAGAAGCCACAGUAAAAACCUGGAAAAACACUAUGAAUGAAGA